CUGAGCUCACUUCCGGCCUCCGGGCUGCUGACUCUCUCUUCCGGUCUUGGUGGCCCCCCGAGAGGCCCGUGGGGUGCGCACGAUGAGGCUGCUGGCGGCCGUGCUGUUGGCUCUGCUUGCGGUCAGUCGGGCGGAGGAAGGAGCCCGGCUGCUGGCCUCCAAGUCGCUGCUGAACAGAUACGCCGUGGAGGGGCGAGACCUGACCUUACAGUACAACAUCUACAAUGUUGGCUCGAGCGCUGCAUUAGAUGUGGAGUUAUCCGACGACUCCUUCCCUCCGGAGGACUUUGGCAUUGUCUCUGGAAUGCUCAAUGUCAAAUGGGACCGGAUUGCCCCCGCUAGCAACGUCUCCCACACGGUGGUCCUGCGUCCUCUCAAGGCCGGCUACUUCAACUUCACCUCGGCAACCGUUACUUACCUGGCCCAGGAGGACGGGCCUGUCGUGGUUGGCUUCACCAGCGCCCCCGGACAGGGGGGCAUCCUGGCUCAGCGGGAGUUUGAUAGGAGAUUCUCCCCCCAUUUUCCAGCCAGCAAAUGUCCUAUGUCCCCGUGGUGCCGGCAGUGAGACCGCAAUUGCCCGAGCCGCAUGCCUGCCCUUUUUCUCUACUCAGCCUCGAGUGGAGUCCCCUCUUGGAGGCCUGGGUCUCUUUUGAGGCUUAAAAGAGUAUCUUAGAUUCAGAGAGUUGCAGCGCACUGGGCAGGCCAAGGAGCGCUGUUGUGGUCUGGUCUCAGAGAGCGUUCUUUGAAGACAGGCCAACUGAGGAAAUUCACGUGUGUGUUUAUUCAGUGAAUAAUCGUGAAGUUCCUAAUUCUGCGCUCAGUUCUGUGCUUUGCUUUCGGAAGACGGAGGUGAUGGAGACACAGGCUCGCUUCCCAGGGGGUUGAGGGCCGUGGGGGACUCAGAACAAGUCCCGGGAGAAACGGGCUGAGACCGAGACCGCAGACAGGGUGUCGGAGCAUCUGACCUGGUCUUCCAGAGUCGGGGAGGGCUUUCAGGGGGAGGUGGUGUUCGACCAGCCAGAGGAGGGAGAGAAGGGCGGGCAUCUUGUGUAGGGGGAGUAGCUCAGAGGAAAGAAGAAGGCCUGACAAGCGGGUGUGCAAGGCUGGAGGGCAGAAGGCAAGGGAGAGGAGUGGAAGAGGGGGCUGGAGGUGUGGGCUUGAGUGUCUGUGCAGGGCUGGGCAUCACCCCUUGAGACUGUCUGGAAGAGAGAAGCUUCUCUUCGGUCUGGGUCAGGUCAGGUGAGGCCUUGGGCUCCACGGCUCGGAAGACAGGUGGUCCUGUGGUCAGACGAGCUUUUCCACUAAGGUUCUGCUGAAAGUUUGGGCGGGACUGCUGCCUCUCCCCGUCUCGUCAUUCGCCACCCCUCCCCUCCCCGGCCCUCCUGUGCCCUGAUCCAGACUUGUAAGCAAGGCCCGUGUUGUCCUCCACAGCUGGACUGGGCAGCCUUUGGAGUCAUGACGCUUCCGUCCAUCGGCAUCCCCCUGCUGCUGUGGUACUCCAGCAAGAGGAAAUACGACACUCCC